GAAGGUAAGCCUAAGAAAAGCAGAGUCAAGGGCGUUUUACAGUUAUCCACUCUGAACGAAACCCCUUCACCUGGGAGCUUGAAAACCCAAUCCAUUGUAAAUCCGAGGGUGAGAGACGAGCGCACACCAUUCCAUGGCUCAUCCUUCCCUUCUUCCGUCCUCAACGUCGUCGUUUCUGGGUCACUUUCAACUCUUUCCGGCUCCACUGUCCUCCGGACUUCUCUACAGAAAUGGGAACGGAGGCGCGGUGGCGCCGGUGAAGGCCACUGCGGCUGGGUCCGGGGUUGUAUUGGUGGAGAAGUCUGAGGCAGAGAGGCCCCACCGGCUUAAAAUAACUUACAAUGAGAAAAUCAUUCCCUUGCUUAUGGAAGAAUUCAAGUACACCAAUAUACACGAGGUCCCUAAAAUUGAGAAGGUCGUGGUUAAUUGCGGUAUCGGAGAUGCUGCACAAAAUGCAAAGGGUUUGGAGGCGGCAAUGAAUGACCUAGCACUCAUCACAGGGCAGCGGCCUGUCAAGACCAGAGCCAGGGCUUCAGUUGCCACCUUCAAGAUCAGGGAAGGCCAACCCCUUGGGAUUGCUGUCACACUCAGAGGAAAAUUGAUGCACUCUUUCCUAGACCGACUUAUCAACUUGGGGCUUCCCAGGACAAGGGAUUUCCAAGGUGUUAACGCCAACAGUUUCGAUGGACACGGAAAUUACAGCAUCGGCAUCAAGGACCAGAGCGUGUUCCCGGAAAUCAGGUCUGACAUCGUCAGCAAGCCUAGAGGAAUGGACGUGUGUAUAACAACAACGGCUAAAACUGAUCAAGAAGCAAGCAGAUUACUGGCUCUCAUGGGCAUGCCCUUCAGAGAGGGAGGUGGCCCCGCUACAGCAAUUCGCAAAAAGAAGCUCAAGUCUCAUCAUUUUGACUCAAAAUCAAAGAGCAGAGCAAGGAGGUGAAAUUUUGUAGAUGAGAUUGUAGCAAAGCCCUGUAUCCUUAUUCUAUAAUACUGUUAUUGCUUCUUUUUGAGAUCAAUAUUACGGUUGUGGAGAUCAUGUUUAAUAACUGGUCAAAGAAAUGCUAUUAAAAUAUAGUCUAAUGUGGAAGGAAUCUAGAUUUAUGUGAACAGAAAAAUAAAAGUAGAAUCUUGUUUAGUUA